ACUCCCCCUUCUCAACCUCAAUCGUCGCCGAUCCUCAGUAACUGUACUCUUCCUUUCCUUGCUAUGGGAAUCCCCAAGUUUUUCCGUUAUAUUUCUGAGCGGUAUCCGCUUACCUCGCAGUUGAUCGAGGAGAACAAGAUACCAGAAUUCGACAACCUUUAUCUUGACUUCAAUGGAAUCAUUCAUAACUGCUCGCAUCCAAACGAUGAAGAUGCGCACUUCCGGAUGUCCGAAGAGCAAAUAUUCACCGCAAUAUUUGCAUAUGUAGAUCUGCUAUUUGGUAAGAUAAAGCCAAAGAAACUUUUUUUUAUGGCAGUGGACGGCGUAGCUCCACGGGCAAAGAUGAACCAGCAACGAAGUCGCCGGUUUCGCACUGCCAAGGAAGCGAAGGAAAUCAGAGAGAAGGCAGAGUCAAAAGGAGAAAAACUACCGGAUGAGAAAGCGUUUGAUAGUAAUUGUAUUACACCAGGUACUCCUUUCAUGGUCAGGCUAUCCGCGCAGCUACGAUAUUUUGUCAACAAGAAGAUUACUGAAGAUGCUAAUUGGCGUGGCGUGCAAGUUGUACUAUCCGGUCACGAGGUGCCGGGUGAAGGUGAACACAAGAUCAUGGAAUACAUUCGACUAUCGAGAGCUCAACCUGAUUAUAAUCCGAACGUGCGGCAUUGUUUGUAUGGUCUUGAUGCCGACCUCAUCAUGCUUGGCCUUCUGAGUCAUGAUCCGCACUUCUGUCUCUUGCGAGAGGAAGUAAAAUUUGGGCCGGCUGCGAAGAAAAAGGGUAACAUCAGCCUGGAGAACCUCAACUUCUAUCUUCUACAUCUCUCGCUGAUGCGUGAAUACCUGGACCUUGAGUUUCGUGAUAUAGAAGACAUUCUCACAUUUGAAUACAGUCUAGAGCGAGUCAUCGAUGACUUCAUUCUACUGGCCGUCUUCGUCGGAAAUGAUUUUCUACCUAAUCUUCCGGACUUACACAUUCACGAGAAUGGACUGGAGCGCCUGUUUGACGUGUACAAGAAGGUCUUACCGUCGCUGGAUGGUUAUAUAAACGAGGGUGGUGUCAUUAACACCAAGCGACUGCAGGUCGUCCUGGACGAAAUGACUAUAUGGGAGCGAGAGAUAUUCGAGAAAGAAUACGCGGACUCGAACUGGUUCAAGGGAAAACGGAGCAAACACGUCCAAGAAAUGGAACUUGCGCGCAAGCGUGCUAAUCUUGUUCUUACGCGCCCUCAACGAGACAUUUUCGAUCAAGUACAGCAGUUUGUCUUGCAACAUCGCGGGAAACCGUCACAGCACCGAACUACAACCCUGACAAUGCCUAAUACGUUUCCCGCUCGGGAACGGAAGUUCAUUAGCACUUUGGCGGAGGAGUUGCACCUGUCUGUUACUUGGGAUGAGUAUGAUGAGGACGACCAGAAUCUUGUCACAUGGCGACUUCCCGGAGUUUUAGACGAACCGACUGCAGAACUUGAUGUCGAGCGUGUUAAUGGAGACGGAAAUAGUGAGGGUGAGUGGGAAGAUGUGGACGAGGAAGAUGAAGAAGGCAGGGCUGCAGUGGAUCGAGUGUUGAAGAAAUUCGACAAAGCACCUGUGAUGGAUGAUGAUGAAGGUGGAGGUUUUGACGCUCGACACGAACAAUCCAUCAAUGACAAAAUGGCGGAAUGGAAGAGAGGGUAUUACAAGGAGAAACUUGGGAUCUCCUAUGACGACCCCAAAGAAAUGCACGACCUGAUAUACCGCUAUGCAGAGGGCCUACAAUGGGUUAUGCAUUACUAUUACAGUGGGAUCGCCUCCUGGGGAUGGUUUUACAAUUACCAUUACGCACCCCGCAUAUCUGAUUUAUGCGGCCUUGGCGACAUGUUGUUCUCAUUCGAACUAGGAAAACCUUUCCAUCCUUUUGAACAACUCAUGGGCGUCCUUCCGUCCGCAAGCAUGGAACAUAUUCCGAUGGCAUAUCAAGACCUAAUGUACGAUCUAAACUCGCCGAUAUUGGACUUCUACCCCCUCGAAUUCGAGCAAGACCUAAAUGGGAAAAAGCAAGAAUGGGAAGCGAUUGUCAAGAUUCCCUUCAUUGACGAGAAGCGGCUGUUACGAGCAAUGAAUUCCCGAGAACAUAGGUUGACGCCAGAAGAACGCCGCCGCAAUGGCUUCGGAACCAGCACAAGAUUUAUCUUCAAUCCUGGAGAGUUCACAGUCUACCCUUCAUCAUUGCCGGAUUUCUUCCCUCCCAUAUAUCGUUGCACAUGCAAGAUGGAAUCUUUUGAUCUACCAACUCUUGACGGACUGCAUCUCGUGCCGGGACUAUGCGAAGGUGUAUGUCUCGGUGCGGAAGCCCUCGCUGGAUUCCCCUCCCUGGAUACAUUACCCCACACAGCGCAAUUAGGAUUCCACGGCGUCAAUGUACACGGUUCCGAAAGCCGCAAUAAGUCAAUGAUAGUUCAUAUACAAAAUCCUCACGAAAACCGCAAGGUAGAGGACAUUGCCAAGGAAAUGGUUGGCAAACGCACUUUCAUCGGAUGGCCAUUCUUGCAAGAGGGGCUAGUCACCGCCGUGUCCGAUUCGUUGUUUAAAUACGAGAAGUUGGUAAUCGUGCCCGGCACCCCGGCAAAGGUUGUUUCAAAUCCACAUUCCAACCAGGGCUUGAGCCAUUGGAAGGGCAAAGCUGAGCGGAUCGACUCGGUAUAUUCAAAGAAAUGUGGAGUGAUCACUGGUGACAUCGAUGUCCUAGUGCACGUUCGUCCGCUAAAAGGUUUGAAACGUUUGGAAUCGGGCGCAUUAGUUAAGGACUACGAAGGACCUGAAAAGGAACUCGAACAAGCCGUCCAGAUGGUCAUCUCAGAAGUUGCUUCUGAAGAUCCCAGGUUCCUCGAGCAGGAUGCUCCACCCUUGUCAGAGGAAUUUCCUGAUGGAACGAACAUUUUCUUCCUGGGCGAACACGCGUAUGGCGCGGCUGCCCAGGUGUCUUCAACUACCGACAGCGCUUUGUCUAUUGUUUUGGCAUUCUUCCCUUCAGAUAAAACAGAGAAUCAAAAGUUCAAGACUAUUGUGGACAGUCGUGUUUCCCAGUAUUACUUGCCAUCGUUCAAAGCAGCUUCCGCAAUCGGAAUGUCACCCAGAGCACUCUCGAAGAUCACAUCAAGCUUCAUGGUUCUAACAUCCGAUCAUCAAAAGAACAAUCUCGGACUAAGCAUCAAGUUCGAGGCCAAGAGCUUGAAGGUUGUUGACUACUCGCGGAAGACUGGUCGCUAUUGGGAAUUUAGUGAGAAGGCAGUUGAUCUCAUUCGUGAAUAUAAAGAUAAAUUCCCAGAAAUCUUCGCGGUUCUGGACCAAGGGGGCGACGAUAUGGCCCGCGAUACGGACAUCUUUGACUCUCACGCUGAUGCCAGGGUCAAGGAAGUAAAGUCGUGGCUCAAAUCGAAGGGGGUCCGAGAUCUUGAGCCAGUUUCCCUCUUCUCGGACAGCCUAGCAAAGAGUACCGUCAAAGAAAUCGAAGCGGUUGCCGAUGACAUCAAUAAGAACAGAUCCAAAGCAACAAUCAAAAAAGCUAUUAACCAGCGCUUUUCUCUGGGAGACAGGGUUAUUAUGGUUCAAGAUUCGGGUGGAGUUCCGUUGUCUGCCAAGGGUGUUGUUGUUGGGUUGAACUCGAAGUCGAUGGAUGUCGUGUGGGAUGUGCCAUUUAUGUCUGGUACAACGCUCGGGGACAGAUGUUCUCAGUAUCGAGGUUCGACUGUGGAGUUCAAUUCAUGUCUAAACCUAAGCGACCACCAAUUCAUUGCUUCUACUUCCCCUGGCUCAACUUAUCCUCAUCGUCCAAAUGUUCCUUUCAAACCCCGACCUGCUGUUGCUGGAUUCCGUUCUGCUGCACAGAGUCAACAUCAACCACCUGUGGCAAUUAUGUCCAAUCCAAACCGGGGCCGAGGAGGGCUUGUUGCUCGCGUACCUCGUGGAGGCCCUCCCUUCAAUGGCCACGCAGGACCACCAAAUGGGCGUGGUGGACCUACAGCAAGCGGUCAUCCUGCAUUGAUAACAGAAGGCAGCUCAGGAGGCGAAGCUUCUGGAUCGAUAUCGCAACCUGCCAUGAACGCUAACCAUGACAAUGGUGCACCAAGCAGAGGCGUUGCGGUCCAUCGUCCAUAUCUACAUCCCAGAGGUAGUUCGCGAGGACGAGGGUUUGUGCCGCAUUUUGAUCGUGGGAGAGGAAGGAGUUACCGAGGAAGGGGACGAGGUGCUGUCGUUCACUCCGAGUCUUCAUGAGCUCCAUGUAUUUUCACCUACCUAUCUGUAGCCUUGCUUUUCCUUCAUGUAAUUUGAUUUGCACUGUGUUAUUCGCUCGAUGUGGUUUUCGAUGAUACUCACUUGACCACGUCACUCAUACUAUCAUUACUAUGUCCACCAGGGAAGUUCGCGUUUUGGCCGCAAGGACAAUACCUCG